UGUCGCGACCUUCGGGAAAAAGGAUUGUUGUGCGGUGCCGCGUUCUCCGACCGGCAGCUGCUGUUCUCUGGCUGGUGACCGGAAAGGAACGACGUCGCGGAAAAGCAACGUGAUCCUGAAAGUGUCCGUGCGGUAUACACGCGCGCGCAAACUUCGGAGGUCAUUCGGGACUCUUUGAGGAGAAACACGUUUUUAUCGAAAUAAAACUAAUAAGUGUGUGCGUGUGUGUGCGUAUGUGAAUGUGUGACGGGAGGGAAGUACUUUAAAGAGAACUGUCAAAUUCUCUCGUGACUUGACGUCAACGUUCAUUCGAGUGUUGUAGAUAUCCCUUUUGAUCCGAGAAACAAUCUUGGAGAUGAUUGAAAAUCAUCUCUAGAGAGAGAUAUACUUCUCGUACGUCGCGAGAAAACUGUUUGCGCUUUUCCCGCUGCUGAAGUUCAGCCUGUUCGUCUAUUUCUAUUCUACUACGUGUAGUGACUAAGUUAUCAGCUGUUCCCCGAUCGACUUUGACGUUUCAAGUGUCCGAGCGCGCGAGUGUGACACUUUGGUCUGACGUUUCGACUUCCGUCAUCGAUUCGCUUAAUUUUCCGGCACGGAAAAACUGACACGUUGACAUUGUCGUGCUUCGCCCACGUGAGUGAUCGAUCGCGACCUAGGACAACGUUGCGCACGCCGUGUCCCUUCGCCGACGAAGCGCGUGCUUCGGUAAAUACACAAACUCGCGCCGCGAGUUCUGGAAGAUGGAAGAUCAUCAAUUCGGCGAAAGCAAUCGACGAGGAGAAUCGAUAGAGACGAGUCGCGGAUUCCUCGCGCGUUUUCCUCGCCGAGGUUAAAGCUAAAGUUUUCUUUUCGCGCGAGAAAAAGACGAUAAUCGCGAAACGACGAGCUGCGCGGCAAGUCAGACGCGGAAGAAGAAACGCAAAAAUUGCGCGCGCGGUGAAACUCUCUCUCUCUCGAACGCGAACGAGCGAUUAUAUCAUUAACUCCGAUUAUCGGCGUGACGCGAGCGAAUAGAAACGAUUUGCCCGGCGAUCAUUAUCGGACACAUCCGGAACGAACGUUUUCCUCCAAGUAUUUCGCAACUGUCGCGAGCGUUCGAACCCUGUCGCGUGGCGAUUCCGUGCGAAACGGAAAUUUCUCACGUCAGGGAGGAAAAGAGCACGCGCAGAAAGAGAGCAGAAAAAUGAGCGAGCUCGCAAAUGUGCAUGUCGAGAUUUACAUAAAGGGAUCUGUUUGGGUGAUCUUGUGAAAAGCUGUGACAUUUUUUGUGAACUCUCAGUGAAAUUUGAAAGGAAAAUAAACAGUAGCAAAAAAACAUCAAUAGUUAUUGUCAAAGAACGAGGCGAGAGAUUCCGAAAAAAAUAUCAGAUGUUCUAAGAUCGCGCAACUCAGUUCGGUUUGUGGCUCUCGGGAUGCGGUCUUUUGGAACUGCGGCAUUUUCGCCAAACACCUGAGAACGUAAAGGGUCCGAAGGAGCGUAGAUGAGUUCUACUGUCUACGACUUCAGACGAGCUUCCAGUUCUAUGCUGGCGAAUUUAUUCGGUACGACCUGGGCUUGCGUCGGGGUUGCUAGCGAACCGUCUCUCGCUGGGAAAAAAAAAGAAAAAACGGAAAAGCAAUUGGCGAGAAAGCGAGCCAGCCCGUGCGGAAGAAGAAGACGAAGAGAGAGUCCGAAGAACGCAGGCGCAGGCGCCAUAGGUGAUGUGAGGCUGGCGCCCGCCUCACGUUUGGGGUGAUGCCCUCCAGUGAGCCCCAUCCCCCGUACCACCUUCAGCAUCAUAUUCCUCCCUCGCAUCUGCAGCAACACACACCGAGCGCGAUCGAGCAUCAGCUCUUUCAGCAGCUGGUGGCGGCUCAUCAUCAUCAGCAACAACAACUACAAAGACAGCAGCAACACGGCGGUCCGUUCCAAAAUUCCACCUACACGCAGCAGAAGCAGGAGAUGAGCCCGGAGGAGGAGGGGGGCCGGGGGAGUGGUUCUCCCCCGGCGGCUGGGGCUGCACUCCAUCAGCCCCAUCACCCCCGCACGGCUAGUCCACCUUCGGGCACGGAACCCUGCACCCGCGAUGCAAUACCAACACCUACACCCAUCGCGGACACCACGGCAACAAGCACAACCACGACCACUAUAAUGAUCAAAUCACAGCAAGAACAACAACAACAACAACAGGGUUCUAGCCCGAGUCCGAGUCCAACGGAAGGUGAUGUCGAAAAAUUUGACGGUAAGAUUGUCUACAAUCCGGAUGGAUCGGCUUAUAUUAUCGAAGGCGAAAACGAGUUUAGCGACGAAGACACGGUUCUCCCAGACGGUUGUAUUAUAGAUGGUCGCGGUGUAUCGGUUCCUCAUUCUUUAGUUUUCCCUCAAAUCGCGAGCGCGUAUUUUGUAUCGCGAUUAUACGCGCAUCAGGCGUAUCAGCAACAACAGCAACAACAGCAACAACAACAACAACGUUCGGCGACUCAACAGCACGAUCCGUUUUCCCCAGAUCUUCCCGUAAUGCACAGUUACAGGGUGAUUAGUUACAGGAGCGUGGAAGGUUCGAAGCCGCCUCCUCCGAAGCCCACAGUACCACCACCGCCUCCCGCUGUGUCCGUUCCUGUUAAACCUAUCCUAAUGUGUUUCAUAUGUAAGCUCAGUUUCGGGUAUGCGAAAAGUUUCGUUGCGCAUGCCCAGGGCGAGCAUCAGUUAACUUUAAUGGAAGACGAACGACAGAUACUCUCUCAUUCUACGGCGUCAGCCAUCAUACAGGCUGUGGGUAGAGGAAAGCAGCCGCUCGUUAGUUUUCUGGAACCUGUCACAAGUGCGCGACCGCAGUCUGUACAGACGCAGAGUCAUCAGAACCAACAACAUGCAAACGAUACAAACGAUCACGAAACUACGCCAACGACGACGAGCACACCGGCAAGCACACCAGGCGUACCUAGUAGUCCUCAACAGCAACAAGCGGCGCAACAUCAGUCGCAACAGCGACCUUCGCCGAGUACUCCAUCCACACCCACGUCACAUUCAAAUCAUCCUCUCACGUAUAAUCACCAGCAGCAUCAAUGGACCGGGGCUCAAGUGAGCGCCGCGUCCUGGGCCAAAGCUCCUGAUGCCAUAUACAGUUCCCCUCCUCCGACCUCGUCAACGAAAGGAUCUCCAUCUUCGUACGCCGCGCUCACUCAGGCUCCCCCAAAUUUUCUCACCGGCACCACGAUAGGCGUCUGUCCGGAACAUAUGCAAGGUAGACCGAGUGGAGUCGAAUGUCCGAAAUGUGAACUCAUAUUAGCCAGCAGUCGAUUAGCCGGUCCCGGCGGUCCUCUCGCUGGCAUUCACAGUCGAAACUCAUGCAAAACCCUGAAAUGUCCCAAGUGCAACUGGCACUAUAAAUAUCAAGAAACUCUCGAGAUACACAUGAAAGAGAAACAUCCGGAAAGUGAGACUUCAUGCAUCUACUGUAUCGCGGGCCAGCCUCAUCCGAGGUUAGCGCGCGGCGAGACUUACACCUGCGGUUACAAACCGUAUAGAUGCGAAGUGUGCAAUUAUUCAACCACGACGAAGGGCAACCUCAGCAUUCACAUGCAGAGUGACAAACAUCUGAACAAUAUGCAGGAAUUGCAACAGGGUGGCGGAGGUGGUACCGGUGCUAGUAAUCCAUCCUCGUCUCAAGACGCGCCAAUGCCAACGCGGAGUCCGCAUCAUCAGCAGAACCACAGUCCGCAUUUGACGGCGCAAACAGGUAACCAAAGUAAACCGAAACCUACGUUUCGAUGCGACGUUUGUAAUUACGAGACAAACGUCGCGCGAAAUUUAAGGAUACAUAUGACGAGCGAAAAGCACACGCACAACAUGCUUGUGCUCCAGCAAAACGUCAAACAUAUACAAACAUUAUCCGCGCUGUCACAUCAGCAUCAGCAAGCGCAGCAUCAUCAUCAGCAGGCGCAACAACAGAUUGAACAACUGCUUCAUCUAGGUGGCUUGGACAAACCUCAACACGCGGAAGCGGCACUGGCUGACAUGGCUUACAAUCAAGCGCUACUGAUACAAAUGAUGACCGGUGGUCAAUUACCUCCCCAACUUCCGCCAGAACUCAUGGGCGGCAUGGCGAACAUGAGCGCGAUGGGUAAUCUCGGUGGUGACGUUGGUCUUUCGCCAGACAGUAUGGAACCUCCUCCGGAACCAGCAGACCAGGAUCCGACCCAUCUCUACCACUGCUGUGUCUGUAACAACUUCACGACAGACUCGUUGGAGAGUUUGAGCCAUCAUUUGGCUCUCGACAGAACGAGAAAUCGCGAGGGUGAGAUACUUACGGUGUUGAACGCCCACUUCAUCUGCAAACUGUGUUCCUACAAAACCAACCUAAAAGCGAAUUUUCAACUGCACUGCAAGACUGACAAGCAUUUGCAACGUCUGCAGCACGUGAACCACGUGAAGGAGGGUGGUCCGUGCAACGAGUGGAAACUCAAAUACGUGGCUUCGCCCACGAGUACCGCGCAAUUGCGUUGCCACGCGUGCGAUUAUUACACCAACAGUGCUCAUAAGCUCGCCAUGCACGCCACUUCGCCCAGACACGAGGCGGCGGCUCUUCUGCUCCGUCAUCUCGUCGAGGCGAGCAACAACAUCCAAACCCCCGGAAAAUUGUAUCACUGCGCUCUGUGCGGAUUCAACGCCCGACAUCGACUACCGCUUCUGCAACACGUGAGAUCUAUACGCCAUCUGCAGAUGGAACAGUUGCAUCAACUGCACAGAAGAAGCAACCUUCAGGGUAACGAGACCCCGCACACGGACAUCGGCGACGUUUUUCACGUGGUGAGCGAUCCCGACGUGCCGCCUACGCAACAAUCCAGCCCGACCACGCCGACGACACCUAAUGCCACGAGCACCAACAACGAACGUCGAGAAGAAGGUAGCGAUUGCGGUAGCGAAGUGAAACAAGAACCAGACAACGACCCAGAACCAGAAGUGGAACCCGAGAACGAUCAAGAAGAAAUUUCAUGCUUGUACUGCACGUAUCAGCCAACGUCGCGAGAAGAGUUACGACAACAUUUGCAAGUGGCUCACGUACAAAAUUCAGAAGAGAAAACCGAGACGAUCAAGGAGGAGCCAGCCCCAGAAUUAUUAUGCCCGUUGUGCCAAGACGCUUUUAAGGAACGCCCCGCUCUGGAGAAGCAUGUAAUGCAAAUUCACUCUGUUAACGCCGACGGUUUGCAGAGGUUGUUGUUGUUGGUCGAUCAGAGUCAUUGGUUGAACAACAAUCCGAGAAACACUUCGACGCCGGUUGUAACGGCUCCUACGCCAACUCCAACGUCGCCGACGACAACGACGAAACAACAUCAGGAUGAGGAGAUAAUCGAACGGGGUGGCAAUGACGAAACCGAGCAGAUUACCAGCUGUACUAUAUGCGGCCGAGUUUGUACCAUAGAAUCGCUUCAGCAACACCACAGGGAAGUACAUCCUGCCACCGCGCCUUCUCUGGCGGUUAGCGAGAAACACGUUUACAAAUAUCGAUGCGGACAAUGCAGUCUCGCCUUCAAAACCUUGGAGAAGCUGCAGCAACACGCGCAGUAUCACGCGAUCAGAGACGCGACUAAAUGCAACUUGUGCGGACGAUCUUUUCGUUCAGUUCAAGCGCUCCAAAAACACCUGGAGACAUCUCACGAUUUCCACGAGGACGAUUUAGUUCAGCACAAGCAAAAUCUGCUCCAGACACACGCGUUGUUCAGCUCGAUCACGGAAGACGCGUUGAAACGACAAAGCGGCAUAACCAGCGAACAAAAUCCGGAAGAUGAUCCUGGCAGAGGCGAAGAGGAAGAGAGCGACACCAGUGAGACUUCAUCGUUACCGAAGGAUCAACGUCUGAUAGAGGAUUAUCUGAACAGUCAAACUGUUGCCGAAGACAAUUACAACGAUCCUACUCGAAAAUUUAAGUGUCAUCGAUGCAAAGUAGCUUUUACACGUCAGAGCUAUCUCACUGGUCACAACAAGACCUUGUUGCAUCGCAAAGGCGAGAAGAUGUCUUAUCCGAUGGAAAAGUACUUGGAUCCCAACCGACCGUUUAAGUGCGACGUCUGUAAGGAGAGUUUUACGCAAAAAAAUAUUCUUCUGGUUCAUUACAACAGUGUGAGUCACUUGCACAAGUUGAAACGCGCGAUGCAAGAGCAAGGUAAUAACAACACGUUGAUCUCGGUUCUACCGCUGGCAAGCCCGACCGAAUCUCCUGAUUCCCAACAAGAUCAGGACAAGAAGCCGUACAAGUGCAACAUCUGCAAGGUCGCUUAUACCCAGGGCAGCACUUUAGAUAUCCAUAUGAGAAGCGUUCUUCAUCAAACGCGCGCCAGUAAACUGCAGGAUCUCGCAGCCAGUGGACAAUUGGAUCUCGGAUCUUUGAUCGAGCAACUGCCACCAACGAGCCCGAACAGUCCGCCUGGCAACGCGAACGCGAACAACGCGGGAGGAAUGAUCGCUUGUUCACGCUGUAACGCUCUGUUUGUCAGUCAGGAGCAGCUGUCGACGCAUCAGAAUUUAUAUUGUUUCAAUCCGCUAGCGAUUUUUCAACAGCUCGCUUCGCAGCAGUUGUCCUCAGUCACCCCCGCAAAAUCACCUCCUCCCACGUCCACAACACCAGGAUCGCAACAACUCGUACAACAAGCCACGCAGCAGUCGCAAACCACGCAGGACAUUCUUUCUCAACCGCGACACAAGAGCUCGCAAAUGUACAAACACCUGUUGGAGAGCUUCGGUUUCGAUCUUGUUAUGCAGUUCAACGAAAAUCAUCAGAGACGACAGCGUAAGGAAGAAGAAGCGGCCGCGGCUCUUCAGGCGCAACAGGAACAACAAAAGCAAGAACAACAAAAACAAGCUCUCGCUGCUCAAGCCGCACAAGUAAAAGAAGAAGAGGCCGAGGAGGCUCACAUAGACGACGACGUAAUACCAGAACUUACCCGUAGCACUUGUCAGCACUGCAAUAAGGAGUUUAGCAGUGUUUGGGUCUUGAAAGCUCACUGCGAAGAGGUUCAUCGCGAUCUCGUGCCGCGCGAAUUUCUCGAGAAGUACGCGCAGCAGUUCAAAUGCGAGUAUGAAAAAAAAAGCGUCGUGGUAACCGCCGCGACAUCAUCGUCAACCACUACAGCGCCAAGAAGUUCCACACCAGCUGCCGGGCAACCUCAAGAUCUUAGCUCCGAUAAAGAAUCGCGCGAAAAAGAGGCGAACGACGACAAUAUGCUCAGAAACAGUAGUACAACACCAGAAGCUACUUCAACCACUCCGGCGACUACGCCGGCGUUGUCCAACACUCCUGUUUCAAGUACAGAAUCUACGACACCGACUAUGCUGCCUACCAAUUCGCAGUCUCACAAUCAGCAACAAUCUCAAACAUACAAACACAAAGAACUUCAACAGCAGCAGCAGCAACAACAACAGCAGCAACAGCAGCAGCAACAACAUGCUCAACUUACUUUGGCGCAGCAAAUGUCCGAAAUGCAGGCUGCUUUGAAUGCAAUGGCAGCGUCGCAAUUGCAGCAACAGCUGCAACAAUAUCCGGGACUCAUGAUGGGAAUGAUGGGAUUACCAUUGGGAUUAAAUGUACCUGCUCUGGCGGCAAUGAAUCUGCAACCACCUCUAGUGCCAAUGAUGCUACCACCACCACCGUACGAUGGUGCUGCAGCUGCUGGAUAUCCGCCUAUCAACCAGGCAGAUCUUCUUGCCAAACAACAUCUUGCUCUUCAGCAACAGCAGGCAGCAGCAGCGGCUGCAAACGUAGCUGCUUCACAGAAACGGGCGCGUACUCGCAUCACGGAUGAACAGUUAAAGAUAUUACGAGCGCACUUUGACAUUAAUAAUUCUCCCGGCGAAGAGCAAAUUCUGGACAUGGCCGCUCAGAGCGGUCUGCCUCCCAAAGUAAUCAAACACUGGUUCAGAAACACGUUAUUCAAAGAACGACAAAGAAACAAAGACAGUCCCUAUAACUUCAAUAAUCCGCCGAGCACCACCUUGAAUCUGGAAGAGUAUGAAAAAACCGGUGAGGCGAAGGUGAUUCCGUUAAAUUCCAGCGUGUCCGGUAGUAGUUCUUCUGACGACAAAAGCCCGAAACAACCUACACCUCCACCAUCCACACAGAACACUAGCGCGUCGCAGUCUGCUAGUGAUAAUAAGCAGGAAUCCGAGCAGUCGAAUGACAAAACGUUACUUUCUCAAAUUGGUCAAAAUCAGGAAGAACAGCAGCAUCACUCGCCCGGUAGUUCAGGCGGACAGCAGUCGCGACCGCAUUCGCCUGCGCUUAGUAUGAGUUCGGUGUUUUCGGGUAUUCAUCAUGACGUUUCGUCUCAUCCGCCAUCAACUACAAACGCACCGAGCACUCCGAUGUUACCACCGAAACUAGCUCCUCAAAACUUUGCGAAUCCCACUCCGGGCACGGGUGGCGUGGUGCCAAGCGCGAUUGCCGCUAUGGCGCUCACGCCACAGAGAUCUCUAAGUCCAGGUCGCGGACCGACAGAUUAUUCCUUCGGCGGUAGUAGCAAUGGUAGCAGCACGUCCGGUGGUAGCUCUGGAAAGCGAGCUAAUCGAACAAGGUUUACUGAUUAUCAGAUAAAAGUUCUUCAGGAAUUUUUUGAGAACAAUGCGUAUCCGAAAGACGACGAUUUAGAAUAUCUCAGUAAACUUCUUGGUUUGAGCCCGCGAGUGAUUGUCGUUUGGUUUCAAAAUGCUAGGCAAAAAGCGCGGAAAGUCUACGAAAAUCAACCGGCUGCCGAACCUGUAACAGCGGGCGGACGCGAAACCGAUGACGGAUCCGGUAGAUUUCAAAGAACACCAGGACUGAAUUAUCAAUGCAAGAAGUGCCUACUCGUAUUUCAAAGAUAUUACGAACUUAUACGCCAUCAGAAGACUCACUGUUUUAAAGAGGAGGAUGCCAAAAGAAGCGCGCAAGCCCAGGCGGCCGCGGCUCAGGUUGCCGCGGUUCUAAGUUCCGAGGACAGCAAUAGCAGCAGUACAACGACUCCGACAAGCAACACGGUGACCAAUAAUCCGUCAACCACGCCCGCGCUCGCUGAGCAGUUACAGCUACAACAGCCGUUGAGCACGGUUACGCCGCCGCAUCAGCAUCAGCAGCAGACUCCGCCUCAGGUACUGCAUUCCCAUUCAACGCAGAUACAGCAGGUGCAACAGCAACAACAGUCGCAAACAGAAUCGAAAGAAGGUAGCUUUCAGUGCGACAAAUGCAACUUAAUGUUCGGAAGAUUUGAGCUUUGGCGCGAGCAUCAGCUAGUACAUAUCAUGAACCCGUCCCUGUUCCCGCCAGCUUACCCGCCUGAUUCACCUUUCGGAAUUUUGCAACAACAAGCGCUCACCUCUCCUAUCACGUCAGAUCCUCCGCAGCAUCCGCUCAUCGCUAUGAUACAGAAACGAAAGUACGAGGAAAUUGAAGAAGGCGCAGGUAGCGACAAUCGUUCGAACUCGGAACACAGCGAGCAACCGAAGGACAAACGAUUGCGAACUACUAUAUUACCGGAACAGUUAGAAUAUCUUUACAACAAGUAUCAGGUCGAAUCCAAUCCAUCGAGGAAGAUGCUGGAGACGAUAGCUCGCGAGGUCGGUUUGAAGAAGCGCGUGGUGCAAGUGUGGUUUCAGAAUACACGCGCUCGCGAGCGCAAAGGCCAAUUCCGCGCUCACAGCCAAGUAAUUAACAAGCGUUGUCCGUUCUGCCCGGCGUUAUUCAAAGUGAAAUCCGCUCUGGAAUCUCAUCUGAGCAGCAAGCACUCCGAUCAAGUGGCUCGAGGCGAGGUGAAUAUUGAUAAUAUCCCGGACGAAGAGCUCUCGAUGGAAUCCGCUCCUUCCAACUCGAGCACUCCUCAUAUUCCUUCAGUGUUUCCCGAUAUGGAGGCAUUGAAAUCCAAAUACUACGACGAGAUGAGACGAUAUUUUACCGAACUGUCACAAACAAGCAAUGGAAAACAGGAAACGGCGAAUCAUCAGACCGGUAGCAACAGCGGCGAAUCGCCGUUAGAUCUGAGCAAGCCGGUCGAUCUUAGCCGAUCAGUGAAACUGAGUCUGGGCGGUUUGAGCAAUCUUCUCGAAGAACAACACGGUGGUCCUCCCCGCCCAAGUAGCGACUGCGGACUUCUGACCGACUUAUCCGAACGAAGUAUCUGCGACGACGAUAGUAUGAGCGAGACCACGGAAUUUCUGGAUGACGAGAGUGGCCCGGCGAGUCCGGCCUCAAGCACUCAAAGUACGAGACAAGGACCUGCCAGCGGAAAUAUUGGAAACACCCCAGGACCACCUGUAACUGGCACGCAGUCCAGCAGCAAUACCGGCCAAUCGGGCGGUAAACGAUAUCGCACGCAAAUGUCAGCCACCCAGGUGAAGGUGAUGAAGUCGCUCUUCUCGGACUACAAAACACCAACGAUGGCCGAGUGUGAGAUGCUGGGCCGUGAGAUUGGUCUACCGAAACGAGUGGUCCAGGUGUGGUUCCAGAAUGCCCGUGCCAAGGAAAAGAAGGCUAGGUUAGCGGCGGGUUUGCCGGCUGAGGGCUCUGCCGUUCAACCACAUCGCGGACCAACCGGACCAGACGAGUGCAGACUAUGCUCUGUGCGCUACUCGGCUAAGACACCGUUGCAGGAACACGUGUUCUCACGGCGGCACAUCGAAUCCGUACGCAUUGCCGUUGAAGAGGGCAGUUUGGUGCCUCCGACCCCCGGAGCGCCAAUCGUGAGCAGCGGCAGCGGCACUACUGGCGUGCCAAGUAUCGGUAAUUCGUCAGUGGUCGCCGCCGCGGCCGGUCAACAAGUCAGCCAGCAACAACAACAAUCGGACGAAAACAUGAUGUACGGAUCUGUGUUUCUCCAUCCCACGGCAAUGUCAUUAGUCCAGUCACAGCUACAACAACAUCCCACCGGCACUGCGACCAGCACAGCCAGUACCACGGCCGUAGCGGCUGCGGGCUUGAGCGGUGGCCUAUUGGGGAGCGGUCUGAUGUCGUUGCAAGUGGAGGGUGGCGCGCAGGUGCAGGUGCCGCGGGCCCUGAUGCAGGCGUUCCUGCAGCAAGACCCGAAUCAUCCGGGUCUGGAGACGGUGCGUCUGCCGCCAUCGUGCGACGAGAACGGACCGACGCCGCAGCAUUGUCGCGAGGUCGAGACCGAGUUGUGCCUCGUGUGCCGCCGUUGCGUACGAGCGUAUCCGCAGGAGUCAACGCUGCUGGCGCAUCAGCGCUCCUGCUACCUGGGCAAUCAGCAGCGUCGCGGCGCCCUGCGUCUCGUGCAGGCGCGCUACGCGUGCUCGCUGUGCGAGCCUGGCGUGCCGACGCGCACCUACGCCACCGUGACCGAGUGGCGUCGUCACGCCGAGACGUUGCAGCAUCGCGCGCGUCUCGAAUCAGCGCAGGAGCGGCAGCAGCAGCAGCAACAGUUUGACGGGGGCGCGCAAUCCGGCGAGGAAACGAACCCGCUCACCAACGAAAUGGAGGACGUCGUUAAUCAGAUCACCCUACUGGCUCGCGCGGCCGCCGAGAGCACGACCGGUCAGCCACAGGCCAACGAGAGGACCGGUCAGGACAACAACAAUGGACCCGACGCCAAGCGGCAGAAACUGGUGCAGGAGGUCGCGGCCCUCGCCGGUGCGCGUUAAACGCCAAGUGAUUACAAGUUCUGGGGGGGUUGGUCUGUCGUUUCUUCUGAACAGACGGUCAAGAUGCGCACACAGGGAUCACCGAAAUAAGCCAGUGGCAGGAGGAGGGAGAAGGAGGUACUGAAGACGAGUGUAAAUGAAAGAGACCGAGAACCGAUGGGCGUCGCUUGAGAAGGUCGGAGUCGAGGACGUCGCAGUGGACGAGCCAAUGUUCCUAACUCGGCGAUAGACGGGCAGCAUGGGUGCCUCACUUCUUCAAUGAAGCACCCCGCUGGGGCGGCCUGCCCUAAGGCGGUGGCAAGAGGGCAGGAAGGGAUACCACGACGAUCCAUUGAGAAUCGUCGAUUCUUUCUCUUAAUUUUUCGUCGUUUGUGCACCGCCAUUAUCGCGCACCUAUCGCCAUUCACUUCACCUUUCUGCUUUCUGGCCCCCGCCUUCCCCCCGAUUCGCCCUAUUAUUUUUGUAAUGCGAAUCCCGCGCAGCGCGUGCCGUGAAGUUGCGCGCUCUCCAAAGUUCCUCUCGUAGCACGAAAGAAAAAAAAUUAAUAAAAAAAAAAUUGUGAAAGAAGAAAAGAGUGGCAAUGGACAGAGAAAGAGAGAGAGACUCGAUAAAGACGAGGUGUCUAGGUGGAAAUCGCCCGGGGAGAAAUCACUCACCUUGGUCAAGCCAGCAACCUGGUCGAGCCGAUCGGGAUCUUCUGGGGCCGCGUCUCUCGGGGGCGCGUGUAAUCGGAGUGAUAUGCGCGCGGUAACAUUUUGCACAGGAGACGGAGAAUUACGGAGAAUUUCCGGAAGGGAAAAAAGUGGCGUCGUGCGACGCGAAAAAAAAACGACGCGCGUCGAGGUGGGCUAACUUAAACGUUCCUAUGUAAAGUAAUAAUAAAAGAUUUAAAGCAGAGUUACUAAGAGAGAAAAAAAAAAGAAAGAGAAACGGAAGGAGAAUACAAGCGGACGCUGGUUGUUUGUAGACGCGGCGUUGUGUAGGGUAGACGAUGAUGCGCGGCGCGCGAAACUUAAAAACGCCGCCAUCGUUACGAAUACGUACGUACAUAUUCAUAUAUAUAUAUACACAUACAUCUAUAUAUAUAUUUAAAUAUAUAUAUAUAGAUAUCUGACUGUCUCUCUCUAUCACUCUCUUUCUCGUUUUGACGCGCGUGUGCACGUGGCUUUCCACGGACCUGUGUGUGUGCGUGUGUAUGUGUGCGCAUGCGUGCGUAUGUGUCGCGAAUUGUUCAGCGACUUCGACGGCGAUCGUGGAAAAAGUAUUUCAAAAAAAUAAAAAAACACAAACGCCCUCGCGCGCUUUGCAAAAUUGAGAUAUAUCCGCGAUUUUUGGAAAAAUUCAUACAAGUCAAACGUAUAUAUAUAUAUAUACACACACACACACACACACAUACAUACAUAACUACACAAUCUUUCUCUGCCACUUUCUCACUCAAAACAUCUCACGUACACAAACACAUCCCACACAUACGCGCAUUGUACACGUACAUACACACUGGGCUCGGCACGUACGUUUUUUUAACGUUUUUUAUUUUCUGUAAUUUGAUAAAAGAAACAAACAAGGUAUAAAACGUAACGUAGAUGGCGGACGGAAGGGAAAACGACGGUGUACAAGGUGGUAAAGAAAAAACACCCCCGAUGCCCGUCACUGACACGAUUUCGCGUGCGCGAACGAGCAAGACCCAGAAACAUGGUUCCUAUAUUUAAUGAAUUAUAUUUAUUAACGCUAAAGAAAUGAGACUAGUAAUAACGUUAACGAUAAUAAUGAUACUAUUAAUUAUAAUAAUAAGUAAUAAUAAUUAUAGUAAUAAUAAUGAUAGUAAUAACAAUAGGUAUUAGAGAAAAUGUCGGUAGCUGUAAACGAUUAUCUCGCUAAGCAACGCUCGAUGAUCGAAAAUAAACGAUCAACACACACAUCGACGCUCGGGGGGGGGAGGGGGAUGAUGGCCCGGCACCACCGUCGAAGGGACAGAUUUGUGUAAUUUCUGCGUUCUCCGAUCUCUCUCUUCUUCGAACAAAUGAAACAAAUCGAACAACGUAUACGCGCAACAUUAUUUAAAACAUUUGGAGGAAAAAUAUAAAUACACAAAAUAUAAAAACAUAAGAGACAUUUUAACAUUUUUUUAUCAGACGGAUAAAAUCGAGACUUGAUUUUAACGCGAUCAUAAUAAAAAAUUUUGACACCUUCUCCAGGAGAAUUAAAGAAGAAAUUACUUUAAAGAGCAAAAAUAGUAAAGAGACACAUGUCGAGGAAGAGGGAGAAAGGAAACGCGAAGAAGGAAUCGCGUGAGACGACCGUGAACGACAAAGAAUUCACUAUUAGUUGUUAAGUUACGAGGAAAAAAAAAUUACGAUUAAUAAACUUACAUAGGAAUAUAUAAAAAGAGGGAAACGGAGGUACAUGCGCGUCGAUUGAGACGGCACACAGACACAAAACUAAACACACGCACUUUACAUAUAUAGGUAUACAUACAGAAAAAAAAGAAGUAUAUAUAUAUAAAUAAAAAAAAAUG